AUGGAAAACGACUACAAGUGGUACGCAAAAUAUGUAGCCGAGCUCGCGUCCAGCGCCUUGGUGGACCAAGCCAUCGAGGCCCCCUCGCGAUUCACCACCUACGACUCUCCCGCAUCGGGCCGCGUGGUCAUUGCCGACGCGGACAUCGCGCCGAUUUUCCUCGCCGCCGUCACCCUCAGCAUCAGCAUCUUCAUCCCUCUCCUCCUCGCCCGGUUCCCGCGCGUCGUCGCCAUCCUCUGGUGCUACCUUCGCCGCGUACGCCCCGGCGACGACGGUGCGGCGGAGGCGGCGAGCGCAAAGGCCCACGGAGCCCAAGGCCAGACCCCCGACGCCUAUGGCUCCGCGGUAGCCUUUGUUCAUAACCUGAAAAGGUCUCGGGGAUACACUGCGCUGACGUACCUGGCAUUCUCUCUGUUCUGCCUCGCCGCCGCCGCCUUGGGCCCUCUGGUGGCCCUCCUCGUCUCCCGCGAGGUCGACAACGGGUUCCAGGGGCGCCAGUCCGGAGCGUGCAUGGCGCAGAUGAAUUUCAGCGACGGCGCGGAAAAUCUCGAGAGCACAGUCUACACCGACAACGCCGUUGUCGAGGAUCCUGUCUCUCAGGUGGUGUAUGAAAAGCUGGACGGAUGCCUCCUGGAGGACGAGGCGCUUUGCGAUGAAAGAUUUCCCCAGACGCACAAGGUGUCGGUCGACCUCUCGCCCGCUCGACUCGGCCUGUGGUACGAUCCGUCUUGGAGUCUCAGCAUGGAGGGCUACUGUCUCCGCCUCAAUUCGACUUCGAUAUGGUCACGACGAAGGAGGGCCUCGAGCUACCAGUACGCCCUCCACUUCGCGCCCGGUGCCGUUCGAUUCGCCGAGCCUCUUUCCGACAUAUGCCCGUACGCCACGGAUGCCGCCGAGACGUGGUACCUCGGCCAACGAGACCGGCAACGCUUCAACCGGAGGAAGAGCGUGGUGACGGAUAGUUAUUUCGUCAACGCGGAUAACGACACGACGUACCCGUGCUAUACAUGGCCCAACUCUGUGCGGGCCCUGAACGCGGACUCGAUAACCAUAUUGACAGUGCUCCCUCCUCGGGAGGAGAUCAACCAGAAAAAUGGAGACGAGUUAUACCUCACGCCACUUCCUGAUGAUCAGUUCGAGUAUACCCCGGACCAGGUCGCGCACAUCAUGUGCUGGGAGCACCUCUCCGUCAAGACGGCAUCCGGGACAUUCAAAACAUCCGCCACGUGGAAUAAUCGCUCCGAGCUCAUCGCGGCGCACAAUCUACCAACCGGACUGAACCCCCUUCUCCACAUGGCAAAUACCGAGUUCGUCGUCAAGCCGGUGCGAUAUCUCCGCGGCUCCUCCUCUCUGCUGCAGAGCAUCGGCGAAACUCCGCGAUGGGAGUUCGACCCCACAAACGCUCCGCCCGUCCCAUUCGCCGCCGAGGUCCAUCGUUGGGCUCACAUCGGCGCCAUGGAUAUCGCCAGCAAGUCGACGAGAGCAACCACCGGCUUCUACGCUCGCGGAAACACAACCGCACUCGAGUUGGCACGCGGCGAAGCUGCCGCUGCCCAGUCCAACCCCGAGCUUGCCGAGCUCUGCGACAUGGUGCGGACGGUGAAGGAAGGAGCGGUGUCGAUGCCCGUCGGGGUAUUAGUGGCUCUGGCCGUGCUGGUCGGCGUUUCGGUCGUGUGGUGGCUCGUCGAGCGGCUCGGAGUUAUCCUCGCUAGUGCGGGCGUCUACGGCCCGGCGGGCAUUUUCCGCGCAUUCUUGAUUAUGCCGGCGGCCACUCCCGUCAGCCUUGCUGUCGCGGCGGAGACGGCGAUUCUCAGAGCCAGGGGAGCAGGCGUCGUAGGCGAUAAACCCCCUUCGGCCACAGCCAGCGGGCAUCCUCAGGUCGAUUAUUCAUCCCAUAACGUUGAACCUGGCCCGAGUCUGGAGCAGACAGAAAGGGGUUGGGUGCUAACGUGGGGUCUCGCCCGACUCAGCGCAGCGGGUGCGAGAAAAGUUAAGAUUCUCUAA